AUGACAAUCGUUACACAACUAAGUUUACUUUGUCUUAUUCAUUUAUUCAAUUAUAUUCAAUUCACAAAAGAAGAUCAAUCGUUAUCUCAAAUCACUCAAUCUGGUUGGGAAUUUCUUCCUUUCGAUAAUUCGAUUCCUCCACUUCUGACAACAACAACAACAACAGCACAGCUCAUAUAUUGUAGUUCUUUAUGUAAUCAACGUUCUGAUUGUCGAACGUACGAUUUUGAUCAUAAUACAACACGAUGUCGUUUGUGGGACGCUGAUACAACAACAGGUUCGAUUCUCAUUUCAUCCAGAUCACAAUCUGUUGUAGGUAGUAUUCGAUUCUUUUCAAAUAUAUAUCGAAAUAUUUAUAAUCAAUCAUGUGACAAGUGUAUUCAAAGUCGAUAUUCUAUAUGUGAUCAAAUCACGAACACUUGUCAAUGUCCUUUGAAAACAUAUUGGAAUGGUUCAAUAUGUACAGCACAACUAUUUCAAAAUCAAACUUGUUCAACAGCAAAUGCUUGUCGAACAGAUCUCAAUUUGACUUGUGAACCACAAUGUGAUAGAACUUUUCGAUGUUCAUCAAUUUCACCGAUCAGUGUUGGUCAAACAAUAGUUGGGUCUUGUAAUGGCACUAUUGGUAUCGGUUCAACAGAUUUACAAGGACCUUGGGGUAUUUAUAUUUCUCCAAUCGAUGGAAUAUUAUAUGUUGCUGAUUGUGAUGGUCAAACAUUCAAUAGUUAUUCACCAUUUUCACAUACAGGACGAAUAGUUCUUUCCAAUGGUUUAAUUCAACCACUGGAUGUAUUUGUCGAUAGAACAAAUACAUUAUAUAUGGUUGAUGGAUCAGUAAAUCAAGGUACUGUAUUCAUUCAACGACCUGGAACGAUCAAUAGUAGUAUUCCUGCAAUAGGAUUAUCAACAAGUUCUUGUUUAGCCAAUGAACUCUACGCUGCUUAUGGCGUAGCUGUAGAUCAAUAUGGAAAUAUUUAUGUAUCAUUAUUUUUAUGUUAUACGGUAGUUAAAUGGAUACCUGGCGCUCAAAAUGGCACAGUUGUUGCUGGACAACGACUAAGUCCAGGAUCAUCAAGUACGAAACUAAAAUAUGUAAAGUUUAUUCAUGUGAACGAUGAUCAAAAUGCAGUCUAUGUCAGUGAUUAUCAAAAUAAUCGUAUUCAAAAAUUUAUCAUUGGUGGAAAUCGAACUGGAAUAACAGUAGCAGGAGGUGCUGGUUCAGGUACAGGUUUCAAUCAGUUGAAUUCACCUGCUGGUAUUUGUGUAACACGUGAUGGUCAAACUCUUUAUGUUGCUGAUUAUAAUAACAAUCGAAUUAUGAAAUGGAAUAUCGGAGAUACUCAAGGUUCACUUGUUGCUGGUAGUGCUACUGGCAUUUCGGGUGAAACUGCUCAACUUCUCAAUGGUCCAGCUGAUCUAGCACUUGAUCCAACUGAAACUUAUCUAUAUGUUUCAGAUUAUAAUAAUCGUCGAAUUCAACGAUUUCGCCUUCGAUAG